AUGCCCGCAGUCGGUUGUCACGCCAGAAAAAAAUGUGAAUUUUGGAAUUAAUUAUUUGUUGAUUUAACAUAGUAAAUAAAGCUAUUUUUACAAUAUUUUAACGUUAAAACGUAGUUUAGGACUUUGUGCACAGUGUGGAGUGGUUAUUUGGAGUGUUUUAGUGGGAAAUAUGUGCAGUUUUAAGAUACUUUAAAGGACUCAGGCACCAAGAUGGACCCUUUAAGCAACUAUGAUUAUUCAUACAGUAACUAUGACCAGAUGCCGACUCACGACUUCAUGUACAGCGUCAAAAUGGAACCGUUACACCAAGCCGUUACCAACCAUAUCCCCGACCCGUAUGCUAACAUGUACCCUACGGAUUACCAAAACAACGAUAAACCAGUAACGGGAACAGAAAACCAAGUAACGGAAUCAAAUAAUGACAUUGGUGAGACUGCACAAGGAAAUGAAAACCAAAAGCAAGUUGACGAAGAAGACAGCAAGGAACAUCUGAAGUAUUUAACGGAACCGAAGAGACGGCUAAAGCGAAAAGGCAAAACUAGUACAUAUUGGAAUAAAAAAGUUGAAGAUAAAAACUUUCCUUUCUACGGUUGCACUAUUUGCAAUGUAAGUUUUUCAACGAUUCAAGAUUUGGACCAACAUGUAACUGUGCAUAAAGGUAGGAUAACGAGUUACGAUAUAAGAGUACGUAACCAGAUCAAAAGAAAGGAAAAGAUUAAAGAAAUGAAACGGCUAAAGAAAUUGGGGAAGAAAAUAAAGACGGAAGGCCUUACGGACAUAGAAAUUAAACCGGAAGAUGGUUACAUUGGUAACGAGGAGGCUUCAAAAUAUAACGAUUCAGAGAAAAACGAUCAUGUUAACAACGAGAACACGGAUAUAAAUUCUGAAAAUGUGAACCAGAAUGUGGUUAAUAACGAGAAUGGUGCUACAACAGCCUCGAAGCGAGGGAAGGGUGGAAAAAAAAACAAUAAAAAAUCAAAAUUAGGAGUCCCCGAAGAUCCACGAUUGCUGAAGUUGUUCAAAUGUUUUGCAUGUCAAAAACAAUUCUCGUUAAGCUAUUACCUGAAGUUACAUGUCAGAUCGCAUACAGAUGAGAAGCCCUACACAUGCGCCGAAUGCGGACAGUCGUUUAUAACAGCGAGCAAACUCGGGCGACACAACAAGAGAAUACAUCUCGCCAUCAAAUUCCAAUGUCGGAUCUGCUACAGAUUUUUUUCCAGAUUCGACAUUCUUACGCGGCAUUUCGACAAAGCACAUAAAGAGGAAAAAUUAGAGGGCGAACCGUAUGAUUACAACGCCAUCCUUCCUUACCUGAAGGAAUUAGAAGAACAAUUAAGAGAAAAGGCAGAUAAAGAUAAAAUCCAAGACCAAAUAGACCCCAAGACAGAAGACGAAAAGACCGCAGUAAACGAGAAGACCGUAGAAGACCAGAAGUCGAAGAGUGACCCUUGGCCCUUUGCCCAGAGCGUUAAUAAGGAUUCCAUUGACGUUCUGGAUAAUAAGGGUCUCUCUGAUGACCUGGUGCAAGGAGAUAAUCCGUACCUAGAGGACAAAGAUAGGGAUAGAGAUUACGAACCGGAGGAGGAAAUAUUGGUGGAGGCGGUGAAGGUACUCCCAGAGGCCGUGGACAUCAAGGAGGAGGACCAGGAGGAGAGCCAGUCCUUGGCUGACAUCAGGGAUGACAGCUUUUCGGACGACGACUAUUUCCCCUCGAACACGUGGGCGGCCACCCCCAAAAUAGAACUGCCCCCCACAACAGCGCCCCCUAAGAAAAGAAAACAAUCCGAGUUCCCGAUAAAGUGUGAAAUGUGUGAAAAAAUUAUAAAGACCCCAUCGUACUACAGAGUGCAUUUACGAACGCAUUCCGGCGAGAAACCAUUUUCAUGCUACAUAUGUAAACGGGGCUUUAUAACGUCGAGUAAGAUGCAUCGGCACGUUUUGACACAUGACGAGCAUCGGAGUGAUAAAGACUUGGAUGUGGUUAAAACUGAGGAUGGCGCCGAAGUGAAAGAAGAAACCGACGAAGAAGAAACUAGGACCAAUAAGAAAAAGAAAAAUGUAACCAAAGAAAUCAUCCUGGGGAAGAAGUCUACUGGAAGGAAGAAGAGGGAAUAUAGGAAACGGCCGCACGCAUGCUUGUACUGCAACAAACGCUUCCUGCAUCGGGAGACUUUGUAUGUCCACAAGAAGUGUCACGAAGGUGAGACCCUGGUCCUCAAGUGCAACUUCUGCCUGGAGGUGAUGCCAGAUGAAGACACGCUAAGGGAUCAUGAGCAGGAACACACCGGACCGAAGCCCUAUUUAUGUACUAUAUGUCUACGCAGCUACACCAAGCGGGAGGCGAUGGUAUACCACAGGAAGUCCCACGGCGAAGACCCUAAGGAGAAGAACGAGUUUGUCUGUGAUAUUUGUUCUAAAUCGUUCAACGCUAAAUGCAAGCUUCAGAGGCACAUAAUCAGUCACAAAGUGGACAAGUUUGUCCUGCGUUACGAGUGUCCUGUCUGCGCGCACAUGUUCAACACAAAAUAUCACGUGCAAAUGCAUUUAUCCACUCACAUGAAGGAGGGAUUGAUCAUGGAGGAGAACCGCAGUGAGAUCCUGGCGAUGGUGCUGCAGAACGCACGCAAGAUACCCAAGAAGACCGACGCGACUGACAACUUCACCUACCUCAUUCCCGCGGACGAGAGGUCCCGCGUCUGCAACAUUUGUGGACAGGUAUUCCAACAUUUCUACUACUUAGAGGAACAUCUGAAGAGUCACGGCUCGAAAAUAGCUAUUGAGGACGACACGAAAGCCGAAGACAAGAAGCACAUAUGCCCCGUUUGCAAUAAAGGCUUUAAACUCCACUAUUACUUGAAACUACACAGUUUUACACACAGCAAGGAAAAACCGUACAUUUGCCAACAGUGUGGCAAAGGAUUUAUCACAAAAGGUAAGUUGAAAAGACAUCUAGAGACCCAUUCGGGUCUCAAAAAGUACCAAUGUCAUAUCUGUUACAAGUUCUUCACGAGACCGAGCUAUUUAAGGAUCCACGUGAGAACUAUACACGGCACGCAAGAUUACAAUUUCAGGCUAGAUAAACCGUUUCUCGCUGGACAACAUGGUGGAUAGUGCUACCAAAAUAUCGAUAGAUUGACUGUCGAUAGAUGACCUUGAAAAUCAUACAGGGCGGUGACAUCGUAACGAAAACUUUGAGGGAUGAUUCAGACCAUGAUUCUGAGUGGAACCAAGUGGAAUUUUCCGCCUCUUGCCUCUCACUUUGAGGUCGCAGGUUCGAAUCUAGCACAGGCCUAAAUUGAUCGAAUUCAUGUUUGGGUCAUAAAUAAUUAUCACGUGCUCAGACGUAGUCGUUACAUGAGUCAUGUCAGGGGCCUUUGGCGGCUCAAUAGUGACCCUGACAAUAGGUUUGAUGAGGUUGCUAAUCCACCUCACAACCCACACGAUAGAAGAAGCGGUGAAGGAAAACAUCGUGAAGAAACCCACAUACCCGAGAAAUGCGCUUCGGAGGUAUGUGACUUAAACUGUAUUGGGCUGGUGUUCCCUUCGCGGGUUGGAAGACGGGACCUAGUAAAAAUUUUGGAGCAGUUUUAUUGUUAAUUUACAGUGUAUGUGACACUGUAUCGAAUAAUGAGGGAAAUAAAAAAAGAAACGACAAAAACAAAAUUGGAAAAUUUCGCUUCAUAUUGACGGCCUCCGUGGUCCAGUGGUUGAGCGUUGUGCUCACGAUCCGGAGGUCCCGGGUUCGAAUCCCGGUGGGGACAAAUAACAAAAAUCACUCGGUGUUCCCUUGUUUGGUUAGGACAUUGCAGGCUGAUCACCUGAUUGCGAAAGUAAGAUGAUCCGAGCUUCGGAAGGCACGUUAAGCCGUUGGUUACUACUUACUGAUGUAAUUACGUAGUCGUAACUUCAGUCACGUCAGGGGCCUUUGGCGGCUCAUAUAGUAACCCUGACACCAGGGUUGAUGAAGUUGGUAAUACAACUGAACACGAUAGAAGAAAUCUUGAUAUUAACUCAGAAUCAUGGUUUGAAUCAUUCCCCGAAAGUUCGGUGCAACCAACACCCUGUAUAGAAGAGGUUAAAGAGGCCACAUUGAAGCAAUUCAUCUCAAACGCAAUAUUGCUAUUCGACAUGUGUUGUGUUGUCACUGCCCACUUACUUAUUAUAUGCGCUGUUAUGUCAAAUUGCAAUAUUGCUUUUAAAAGAAUAAUACUACGUAUAGAACGGUAACUCUACCCCCCGCACCAAUUUGUGUCGGGUGCCAACCUCACCCCCUCUGGGUCUUACUUUAGUCUAAAAUGGCCGUACGCCAAUAGAGAGCGCUCAGGCGGCUUAUUAAAAAAAUAUAUACAGGGUGUUAGUGACAUCGUAACGAAAACUUUGAGGGGUGAUUGAGGCCAUGAUUCUGAGAU